AUGCGAUGCGCGAGCAAGGCCGCCGAGAGCGCGUCCGCACGUCUCUGUGCGGACGCCGAAGCAGAAACCACAGCAACUGAUGUCUCAUCGGUUGCUGAAGCGACCCAGCCUGUGUCACAUGGUGAUGCAGGCGCUGGUCAUGAAGACACUCAUGUCUUCACAGAGUACGAGCUCGGUGUCUCGUACUCUCCUGAUACGGAAGACGGAUCCGUAUCAACGGCGAUCGAAUCCAAGCCGCCUGCCAAGCGUGGCAUGGAUGAUGCUUUGCGUCGUAGCAUCUUUGGUUCAUCUGAUGAAUCAGAUGAACCAUCGCCGAAGCGAAGGCGCUCGAGGUCGCGAGACUCGGGCGCUAACAGUGGUGUCGGUUCUCCUAUGGACACCACUUCACAGCGAGGUGCCAGUACUUCUGUCGGCACGUCGCAGGAAGAGCGGGACCGCAAUGUGUUGCGUCUCGCUCCUGAAAAGAAGGCAUGGAUGCCUCCCAAAUCUGUCAUGGAUCACUUGUCGGCGACGACGAGUGAUCGUUAUCGAACACGGUUGUUCGAUUCGUCAAGGAUCCAUCACCUUGACCCCAGUGCGAAAAACUAUCGCGCUGAACAUGAAUUCUUCAUCGAUGCUUUCUUCAAACAUCGAUGGUACAGUGGGAAUCACAAACGUGAUGGUCCCUCACUACUUCAAGCGUGGAACGCCUACAUCCAUAACCUCGAGGAUGUAGGUCGUGACGCUUGGAACGACAAACUUAUCAAAGCUCGUGAUAAGUUUGAAAAGCGAACCCCGACAGGUGCACGCUACAAGCUGCAUCGUCUGUCAAGGGAGAAAGGAUUACCCUGCCUCUCUUGGGGAGACUCGUGCCCAUGUUGUGUGAACAACUCUGCACGAGCACCUAAGGAGGCUUACCUCCUUACUAGCCCUUGGUAG